UACUGUGAUCAAUGAUGUUUUUUUCAAUUUAUUGAUACUCAACUAAUAACAAAAGAAUUGCAACUAAACUAAACUAAAUUUGGAGUGCAUGCAUUGCAUAUUGACAAACGUCAAAAAUGAAGAACUGUAAACAACAUUAGAGACACUUGACUACAACGUAUCGGAGAGAAAGAGAAAAACAAGCGACCCUUUUUUUUCAAUAAACAAAAAUUGUUUUGUUUUUAUGUUUCUUUUGUUAUUGCAAAUAAAUAUAUAAAUUAAAUGCAAUCAAUUUCGUGUGAUUCUGUAACCAUACAAAUUUAUCUUUAGUGCAAGUGUUGCACUAUACAAAUUGCAUUAGAAAACAAAUAUUCUGUCUUUGAAUUUUAUUUAUUUUUGUCCAUUUUAAAAUAAUAAUAUCAACGAAUAAAAUUGAACGAUGUCACCUGGAGCAAAUAAACGUCAAACAGGCACCGUGCCAAAGGAAAAAGCAUCUCGCAAAAAUUCAGUGCCUCAAGAGAUUGUAGCUCCAACUCGACGUGAUCUUCAGCAGCAUUUGAAUGAUUUCUUUGCAUCGGUACAAAGAGCAUCAAAACGCGACAAUAACAAUCGAACUCCCGGUGAAGGAACUUGUUUUGAACUAGAGAAUUUUUCGUUGCCGGAAAACACAAGAUCAUGUUGGCCAGUACGUCCAAUACCAAGACGCAGCUAUCUUCAAGAUGCUGUCACAAACAACGAAGUUCAUAGUACAGGAAAUACGGCAGCAUCAUCUUCAACAAAUGCGGCCAUUGGUGUUGUUAUACCAACUACACCGAAUUCCACUCUACAUCAGCAACAGAAUCAACUGAAUGAGCAAUUGCUUCAUCACAAUCAACAGCUAUUGUCGAUGCGUGUUCCCGAUGGAGCGCCACAACCAACUCGAACCACAGUUCCAUUCAACAAUGAGAAAUCACUACCGAUGGAAGAUCGCCUAUCGCAAAUUCAAGACUACAUUCGAAUAACCACAUCGCUCAUCGACUCGAUCAACGUCGAGAAGGCCAACGCACCGCGACCGCAGUCAGUAUCCAGUGUUCAUACGACCGCACCAAAUACACCAACUUAUGAAGAACUACAAACAAAAUUGGAAGUAUCGAAUCGCAGCAUUUUACAUAUUAAGGAACAACAACAACAAUUGAUUCGACUGCAGCAGGCCGCCAAGAAUCAAUUGUAUGAAAUGGAACAAUUGCGAAAUAACCAACAGCCAAUGACAUUUCCAAAUAAUCAAAAUGCGGUUCCCGACUACGAUAAUGUUGAAGACGUUACACAAGAUGUGACAUCAUUAAUGUCACGCAUGAAAACACUCACCGAUUUCAUUCACAGUCAAAAUGAUUUAGCAAAUUCAUUAGGCCUUGACCAAAAAUCCGAUUUGAUUGAAGAACAAACGCAACUACAAAAGAAACUGGUCGAUUUGAAAAAUAAAAAGCAACAAAUGGCCAAUUUGGUAAGCGAAUUGCACGCCAUGAAUAUUCAAGCGGAAAAUAACUUUGACGAUAUGAAUCGAUCGACAACCGUCACGCCACCACCACGAAAUGUCAACGACGAAUCAUUUGAUACCGUUCAAGUGCCGGGAUGUGAAUUCGAUCAUAAUGGAAAAAUUGUGCUUGUCGAUCAACCAACACGCUCGAACGAUGCCGAUGACGAAGAUGAUGAUGACGAAGUGGCUGCCGCCGCUGGAUCAGUUCUUCAAGAUAAAAUUGCCGAAAUUAAUGCAAUGAAAGAUCAACUGAAGCGAUUGCAGAACAUGAUGCAUACAGUUAAAUUGAUUGAAAUUAAAAAUGGUGAUUUUCAACCAGAUGAUGAGGUGACUAUUCAAUCACAAGACGAACCAAACAAUAUUCAAUCAAACGAUGAUCCACAACGUGACGAAGAAGAAGAACAAGAAAUGGCUGAACGUGUUCGAGUUUUACACAACAUGACCAACGAUUUACGUGAACAAGCUGUGACAUUGGCUGCUGAACGAGAUCGCUUGAAGGACAUUAAAAACGAAAUGGCAAGACGUCGUGAAUUCGAUGGAUCCGAAAAGAAUUUAAAGCAACAGCAAACCCAUCAAAUUAAUCCACAACCGAGCACAUCGGCCGGACAGAAAGAGCAAAUUCUCGAUUCAAAUUUUCUGCAAAAGAAAAACGAUGUGGAAAAAUCAAUUCCAAAUGAAAUACAGCGCAUCAAUAAAGAACCACUUCAAUCAGCUGAUGGUUUACUUUAUUCACCAAAUAAUUGGUCAAAUCGACAAAAUGCAUCGACGCCAUCAUUGAGAUCCGAUAAUUUGUCACACAAACCGAAUCCAAACAUUUGUAAUAAUCAAGGAAAAGAUUCCGCCGAUUCGGGAGCCGUUGAUAUGUUGAAUAUGUCAAUAGAAGCUGGAAGUUUGCAAUCGUGUAGCUCUAGAGGAUAUUCGGUUCCACCGCCGAUGCGAACCAUCAGCGCAAGAGACGCUUCUUGGCGCAAAUCAUCGCAAGAAAUUCCACGAAUUUCGUCAUUAAAUAACCAAGCGAAUGGAGUCUAUGAAAAUCAAACUGAACAAAAUUAUCCAUGGUAUUGGAAUAACUAUAAUCAAGCAUGCAGUUCAGCAGCACCACAAAGUCCGCAUUGUCAUUAUCAUCAUCACAUGUGCGCGAUGCAAACAUCGAACCCAGCAAACGAUCCAAUGCUGAUGCAACAAUUCAUUCAAACACAGCAAAUGCUUAUAAAUUCGAUAAGCCAAUGCAAUCAAUUGUUGUGGGAUCAACAACGUGAAAUUAACACUUUGAACAGUGCCGUUCUAUUGAUUCAAGAGCGUCUUUUGAAUGGAUCAAGUAAUUCAAUGGUUGAUGCAACACAACAAAAUAUCAUAAGAGCUGAAUCGGUUCCACCAAAUAUCGUGUGCACAAAUCAAGCUCCAUUUUUACCACGUGCUCAUUCAGAGCAGCCACAAAAUUUCCCAAACUAUCCGCAAUCGUCUAGUGCAUCAAUUCAGCAGCAACAACAACAGCCACAGUCUCCGAUUUCACCAUCACCAUUUCGUCAAUACACAAACACCCCACAAAAUGCUCAAUUCUAUCGGAAUAAUCAACAAGGCGUUCGUUUACUUCGUCAACCAUUGCUAAACAGUCGGACCGGUGUGGCUGCUCCAUUUUAUGAAACCGAUCAAAUUCAAUACUCGAAUAAUUUUUUGAACGCUCAUAAUUUGUCCAAUCAUACAAACGACAACAGCGGAUCACCUAACAAUGCGACCAUUAAUAAUUUGCAUCAACAAAACUUAACCAAUGCCUCCAAUUCCGCAACACCAGUAACCAAUAAUAGUGUGAACGCAACUAACACAGUCACUGCUUUGAAUAAUCAAGUUGUGCCUGGCAUUCGUGCAAACAAUUAUUAUGAUAAUUUUCGAAGUUAUUCACGACAAAAUCUUCUGUCAAGCGCCAGUUGUAAAAGUAAUGAAAUCGAACAGGCGCAAGCCCAUAUAACACACAACAAUUUGCCAUUCGGUAAUAAGUUCCGUAAUCAGAUCAAUCAAAAUACACCGCCCGAUGUACUUAAUGUGAAUCAACAGCGAUACUAUCACGAUCAUAUUAUCGAAUCGAGUAACACAAAUAACUACAAUAAUUUGAAAUUGAGCGUCGGUUCGGUAUCAGCGCCAACGGCUGCUGUUGCAAGUAUUUUAGCAACAUCCAUUGGCGCACAAAUGACCGCCACAAAUACGGUUGCUAUCAAUACAAACACCGCUGUUGAAUCAAAUCUCCUAAAUUCGAUUGCAAACAACAGUCAUACAAACAAUGAAAAUAGUAGAUGUGGCGAUGAUCAGAAAUCAAUAAAUUCUUUUAAUUUCGAUGUGAAUGAAUUGAAGCAACCGAAAAUGUCGACAAAAACAUUGCAAAAGGGAACGACCGGUGGUAGUAAACGUGUUCGACCAUUACGUGAUAUGAGCGCACCAUUGAACGAGAGAGAAAAUCAAUUUGGAACGGCUAGUGUGAAUGGCAUUGGUGCGAUGGGAUCACAAGAUUUAAAUUUAGCCAGCAGUUCGAAUCAACGAACAAAUUUAAAAUCAUCUUCGAAACUAUUUGACGAUCUUAAAGAGAAUGUCUAUUUGGAAGUUUCAGCAUUAAUUGCGGCAAACGAGUCACGACCACAUUUUUUGAUUAAUCUAUUUCGUGAGCUGCAAUUAAUAUCAUCGUCCGAUCCAUUGCGAAAGCGAUUAAUGCAAGCCUUUCAAGAAGUAUAUACACAACACUGUGAAUCGAAUGGAUCCCCAAACAUCCUACCUGAUAUGCAGGCAUCCGUGUCAAAUGUACAGAAUGACUUGGAAAAUCCACAUCAUCAAGAGGUAACACAACAUUCUGGUGGACAGCACUUCAAUGAUAGAGAUGGCGCGAAUAAUUUAUCGGUCACAACAACGUGUGUUCCUGAUUUGCGAUCUUCAAUCGAUGAAGCUCUAUUGCGAGCAAUCACAACAAAUCCAAUCCAAAAUGAGGCGACAAACAGUUGUUCAUACUUGGAUUUAACCGUUAAGCAUGAUUCACAAAAUGGUUCACCCACAUCGAAGGGAAAUUCCAUAGUGACACCAACAUCAUUGGCUGACGUUGUUGCAAUGGAUGCAAAUAUGCAACACACGCCAAAUAUACAUCCAUCAACACUACAAUUCAGUGCACCUGUUUGUAUGGUAUCACAUCUAAAUCAAGAAUUGGCGGAAGCCGAUCAAAGUAUGGAAAAUGACGUAGCAAAUAAUGAAAAUGUUACAAAUUCACCAGACACAACCGAACGCAACGAUUUAAUACCCGACAAUGGAUGCUCAAAUGAAGGUGCGGUCGGUGGUGUAGAAUCAACACCACCUCCAUUACCCGAUUUAGCCAAAGUCACCACAACUUCAAAUUGUGAAAUUGAUUUUGUUGACACCGACCUAUAACGUAACUGAUUUUUUGUUGAAAAAGACAAGAAGUGGAUUUGAAACACAAAUUAAUUGAAUGUUUGAUGUCAUAGAAAUAAUUUGUAUGCACAUAAAUACAAUUUCCUACAGUUAGGAAAUUUUUUAAUAAACAUUUAUUAAUCACAUGAUUAUUUUAUCAUUAUUUUUCAU